UUAGUAUACCGGCUAGUGGAUUCGUUAGCUCCCGUGCGCGGCCGCGGCGUCUUCCCUAGUUAUGAGGGGGAGGAGGAAGCAUAGGGCGCUCGAAUAUGUUAUGUUAUAAGUAAAACCUAACAUAGGUAAGUCCGACCACGGUCACAGAAGCUAUAUCUACUCACCUGCCCGCUCACCUGCCUACCCCCCACAGCCUUAUCAAGGGUUUUAUGGAGGAUCUUCUACUGUCUGGUCUCUUAAAUUGCUUAUCUAGAUAGCCUAGUACCAUUAGAAAGCCAAGAGAACGGUUAUAGCUCUAACAAUGGCGGUUCCAUUAUCCAAGGACCUUCUCCGCGCCGAGUUCGUGGGGAAGACUCUUCACGAGGUCAUCACGCCGGCCGCGGUCCUUGACCUCGCCAAGGUCGAGGUGAACUGUAACCUGAUGCUUGAAGCGGCGCAGCGGCUGCAGCUCAGUUGGCGGGCACACAUCAAGACGCAUAAGACCGAGGAGCUUACCCGACUCCAAGUAGGGGACGCCAGCUCGUCUCCAGUGAACCUCAUCGUAUCCACGAUCCUCGAGGCCGAGCGUGUUGUCCCUCUGCUUCAAGAAUACCGGGACAAAGGGCGACAGAUAAACGUCCUCUACUCCUUCCCGCUCUACCCCUCCAGCACCCCCCGCCUCGCCGCCAUAUCCAAGCAGCUGGGCCCGCGCGCCGUAACCGUGAUGGUCGACCACGUGGACCAGGUCGCGUACCUCGACACCCUGACCACCGAGUCGGGGGGCAUCGCGCCCCUCGUCUUCCUCAAGGUGAACGUCGGCAGCGACCGCGCGGGCGUGGUCCCCGGAACUUCGACCUGCACCUCUUUGAUCACCGCGCUCCUCGCCUCCGAGGCCGCGGGGGCAAGCGAGCUGCUAGGCGUGUACAGCCACGCGGGGCACUCGUACGCGACGCGCGAGGACUGGGAGGCGAUGGGGAUCCUGGGUGCCGAGUUCGAGGGGCUGAAGGAGGUGGCGGAGGAGGUGCAGCGCGAACAGAAGAAGGCUCACGUUCAGAACCCCUCUCACACCACGCACCGCCCCCUCGUCCUCUCCGUCGGCGCAACACCCACCGCCACUACCAUCCAGCACCCGGACCUCGACCCGUCCUCCUCAGCUCCAUCCCACUCCGAGCCGACCCCCAACCCCAACCCCAACACCAACGCCGCCGCCCAAACCACGCACCUCAAAUCCCUCCUCCACACCCUUUCCACCCAAAACCUCACCCCCGAAGUCCACGCCGGCGUAUACCCAACCCUCGACCUCCAACAACUCGCCGCGCACGCGCGGUCCGCGCCGUACCUGCACAGCGGGCUGAUCGCGCUUUCCGUGCUCGCCGACAUCGCCUCCGUGUACCCUCUGCGCGGGCCCAGCGGUGAAACCGAGGCGCUCGUGAACGCGGGGUCGCUCGCUUUGGGGCGGGAGCCGUGCCAGGAGAUGGUGGGCGGGGAGCAGUAUCGGGGGUGGGGGAUCGUGAUGCCGUGGGGGGAGCUGGCGGCGGAGAAGGUACCGGUGCCGGGGGAGGGGUUCCCGCGCGAGCAUGGGGGGUGGGAGGUCGCGAAGAUUAGUCAGGAGCACGGGGUGCUGCGGUGGGUAGGGGGGGCUGAUGAUGAAGUGCCGGUGCGUGUUGGGCAGCGCGUGCGCAUCUGGCCGAACCAUUCGUGUAUCACGGGCGCGGGACACGGCUGGUAUCUUGUGGUGGAUAGCAGGAAUACGGGGCGUGAGGACGAGAUCGUGGAUGUGUGGCCGCGGUGGAAUGGCUGGUGAUGAUGAUAAUAGUUCUUAAAGGUUAGGUAUUAGGUAGGUACCUAUACGAAUUGGGUCCAAGGGGGAUUUCUUUAUAUGAACAGGUAGAACUUCAGAGUUAGCAAUAUUACUUGGAAACCAUGAGAAGAAAGAAGACGAAACCGGGGCUUCUGGAAUAGCAGAUCAAAUAGAAUUCAUAAUCGACGUGUCUAUCUGUCUACCGAGUAUUUGAAUCUUUUUGGUGAUUUUU